UCAUAUAAAUCAAUGGCCAGCAUGCCUUAAACAAGACGCCAUAAAUGCAUUUCCGUCUGGAGGCGGUGUCAAUCUGAACGUUUAUUUCCGGCCCAUGUUUAUGGUCACCUGUGUCUGUUUUGCCAGGUGUUUACAACAUGUUGCUAAACAGUGCAACGGGUGUGUUUUACAACUGCAAAUACCUGCUCUCGUGCUUCGUGUUCGUUUUGGAUUCUGUAGUGUCAUAAAUUGGACAUUACAGUUGGUGCUUUGUAUUAAAUUUCUUCAAUAUUAAAUCGUAUUAUUUGGGGUUACUCUGAAUUAAUUGAAUAAUUUAUUUUCGAAAACGAAUUACUAAAUAGAAAUAAAGAGCUACUCAAUUUGCCUUUACAAUCCCCCUACCACCAGGCGAAAGAAAUAAUGAUCGGGGCUGUAAUCAUUGAAGUGAGCCAAGCAGUAACCAACCAUUUGAUUAAUGUUUGUCUAGCCGGUGUAAAUACACAAACACCAGCAGACACAAAACGAUGAAAAGAAGUAAUACAGAUCAAUCAGUGCUCCCAGCGCCACCCAACCAGUCACAGCCAGCAAUUGCGAAUCAAAUGGAUGAUUAAACGAUGAUUUCGCUCGCUUCAUCUUAUCGUCUGGGGGUUUCCCAUUCCCGCGUAGUAUCAAUCGAUAGGAAAGAAAACAAAACAAUCCACAGGGAGCCGCAGCAUCAGACGCCGAGGUACGAGGUACGACCAGUGCCGUGUCAGUGUCGUACCGAUCGUUCCCGUGGCAAGUAGCGUGUUUUUUAUUUCAUCACAGUUUCAUCGCUAUUCGUUUGCAAUGGCUGGUGCAGGUAGCAGGGCAGGUGAAGGUGGUCAAUAUUUUCUAGUCUGCUUGAUUGGUGCAAUCUUAAUUGGAGCCACUCGUGGCAGCCCCUUACCCGAGCGGCAGGAUGUGGAAGGAAGCAUGGAUACCGAUCGAGUGAACAGUUUGGCCGCAACGACUCCUACAGAAGGUAGCACCAGUACCACCACCACCGAGUAUCCGUACGCAGCGAUAGCCAAGCUUUACGCUAAACCUCGCGACAAGGUAGGAACGAUAGCGUACUCGUCCGGUGUGCACAAGUUCCGGAUCGGACCUGGGGAGGAUGAGCAGAAGCGUCUACUCGAGGAGUAUCACUAUCAUUUCGAAAGGGUGGAAAAGAAUCUACCGCCGACGACGCAGCGAUACAAUUUUGCACCACCGAAUAAAUAUUAGACUGCUGUAACGGUGCCAACGAAAAAAAAGGAAUUGAAAUAUAUGGCCUAUUGAAGGUGAUCGAAAGAAUUAAA